AUAACAUGCAAACCAGAUCGUUUUUAGUUGCCCUGCUGAUCUUUAUUCAGGGGAGGUCGAUUUCCAGUCUGGAUUUGGGUCAUGGCAUCGAUGGCCGAAUUGCUGGCGGAGUGUUGGCCGGGAUUAAUCAGUUUCCCUAUCAAGUGGGUCUCAGCAUUGAAGAACCCAACGACUUGUUUAGCUGGUGUGGAGCUAGUUUGAUCUCUGAGCGAUAUCUGCUUACAGCAGCACACUGUGUUGAAAAGGCUGUCGCUAUCACUUACUACUUGGGUGGAGUGCAGCGACUGGCACCCCGACAACUUAUCCGAACGACUAAUCCUGAAGUGCACAUCCACCAUGACUGGAAGUGCGAAACGCUGGAGAACGACAUCGCUGUGCUACGAUUACCGGAGGACGCAAUUCUUUGUGAUUCCAUAAGGCCCAUCCAGCUGCCAGGAAUCUCAUCCAGCCAUCUUAAUUACGACUACGUUCCGGCCACUGCUUCCGGUUGGGGACGCAUGAAUGAUGAAUCCGCUGACUUAUCCGAUACCCUGCGCUAUGUGGUACGUUUUGUGGAAUCCAACGAAGACUGUGGGUUCUGCUACACCAACAUAAAACCGAGCAACAUCUGCAUGGACACCACCAGCGGCAAGUCCACCUGCCACGGCGACUCUGGCGGACCCCUGGUCUACGCAGAUCCCGAGCUGAAUACAGACGUUCUGAUUGGCAUUACUUCAUAUGGCAAAAAGUCGGGCUGCACAAAGGGCUUUCCAUCAGUUUUCUCACGCGUCACCGCCUAUUUGGAUUGGAUAGGCGAGGUGAGCGGGGUGCGGUGGGAUGAGUCCGAGAGGGACAUACUUUCUAUAGGUAGCUCCAACAUGAAGGUUCUCAUUGUUUUCGCUUUGGCUUUGGCCUACGCCUCCGGAUCCGCCCUGCGGUCUCUGGACGGACCCGGUGGUCGCAUUACUCAGGGUGAGGACGCCCGCACCGACCAGUUCCCCUACCAGGUGGGACUCUCGCUGAAGAUCGGCUCCUCCUCUGCCUGGUGCGGUGGCUCCCUGAUCGGAAACGAGUGGGUUCUGACCGCCGCUCACUGCACUGAUGGCGUUGACUCCGUCGAGGUUUACCUGGGCAGCACCAUCCGCUCCAGCCCCAAGGUCAAGCACCAUGUUAGCAAGGACGAUAUCAUCAUCCACGCCGACUGGAAUAGCCGCACCCUGAGGAACGACAUCUCCCUGAUCCGCAUUCCCCGCGUGGAGUACAGCAGCGCCAUCCACAACGUCGAGCUGCCCAAGCGCGAGUCCCGCUACUCCUCCUAUGAUGGCGAUGAGGUGAUCGCCUCCGGAUGGGGCCGCACCUCCGACUCUGCCAGCGGCGUGGCCGCCCACCUGCAGUACGCCCACAUGAAGGUCAUCUCCAACAGCGAUUGCAAGCGCACCUACUACUCCACCAUCCGCGACUCGAACAUCUGCGUGUCCACCCCCGCCGGCGUGUCCACCUGCAACGGCGACUCCGGUGGCCCUCUGGUGCUGGCCUCCGACAAGGUCCAGGUCGGUCUCACCUCCUUCGGAUCCUCUGCCGGCUGCGAGAAGGAGUACCCCGCUGUCUUCACCCGCACCACCAGCUACCUGGACUGGAUCAAGGAACACACCGGCAUCUAAACUAAGGAUGUUCGCUGUGAUUAAAAUAUUCUGAUAUUUUCGAACAUACAAA